UUUUUACGUUAGAUAGUGAAGAAAGUGUACACGGGAACAAAAACAUUGUUUACUUAGAUUUAAAGUUGCCAGAUUUUUUGUUUUUCCGUAAAGAUCUGGGGAGAUUAUUUUAUGAGACAGCAGCAGUAAGAAGGCUUUAAUUAGGGCAGAAUAAUAUUUUUUAAAGGUGUAACAACUACAUUAAACCAUGAUAAUUUAUUUUUGGGCACAGUGACAUAAGUAUAUAUAUUUUUUAUGUGGUAACGGGAAAGUCGGAAAUUAUCAGACGUGGAAACUCAUACUUCCUCCACUAUUGGAUUUAAAGCGGGAAGGAGCGGUUUGACUGACGGAGAAGUUGACGUUAGUUCGUUCAUAAUUUUAAAACUGUAGGCCAAUGGAUAUUACGUGGUUUUAAAAAUGUCAACUCUACUCAUUACACUGUUUUUAAGUUAUAUUUGUCAAACAAUGGGACACAAGCUGAGCAAUUGUUCGACGAUGUUUUAUGUCUGUUUCAAAAUGUAGGACUUCGCGGGGAGAAUGCAAAAAACUUCAAACGGCAUGUUGACAUUAUCCCCGAAGGCAAAAGUAACAUCUCAUUCUCUUAGCGAAGAGUAAAAUGAAGCCAAAACACACGAAGAAACAUCGAGAGUCCAGCUGGCAAGGAAAGUCUGGAGACCCAAAAAUGACCCAGGCCAAUCGAACGUCGCGUCUGUCAUGUCCUGUUUCAUGCAAACCGUUUGCGGGGAAAGUGUUUUACCUGGACCUGCCCUCGAACAGAACAUCAGAAACACUGGAGAGUGACAUAAAACAGCUGGGUGGGACUGUUGAGAAGUUUUUCAGUAAGGAAAUAAAGUAUCUGGUCUCCAACAAGAGGCAGACUCCAUGUGUGCAGCACCUCAGACAGGACUCUCCCGUCCCCAGCCCGGACUCUGGACCAAGCUCCCCUUACCCUAAUACAAACCUGCACCGACCAGGCAGCCACGGCGACCACCUUAAAAGCAGGCCGCCUGGUCAAACACAGACGGUUGUUGCUAGCAGAGGGAAAUCUCUGGUGGAGAGAGUGGUGAAAGAUCAGGAGAGAGUUCGAAUGAACAGGAUUCUGUCAAAUGCUCUGGAGUGGGGCGUGAAAAUCCUCUACGUAAACGAUGUGAUCGCGUACGUGCAGAAGAAGAAACAGUCCAUACUCAGCCAGUGUCGUGACACAGCUGCUGUUAAGACCAAGGUCAAAUCUGGGUCAACAACAAAGAAAGAAUACCAGAUAUCCAGUGGUGGACGAAUCCGAAAACCCUUCGUCAAAGUUGAAGACUUCAGCAGACACUAUCGUCCAAUCUACCUCUCACUGCCAAACAAGUCGGAGUUCAACCUUCACACUGUUCCUCCUUUUAGUCCCUUCUACGUCGAGGACAAGUUUUCACCCUGGAAGAAAACGGCAGGAAAAAGAGACGUGAAAGCCUCAGCCAGUGAUCAGAGAGCUCACGGACGAAAGAAGAGGAAUAAGAAACGAGGCAGCUACUGCGAGUGCUGUAAGGUCAAAUACGAAAACCUCCGAAGUCAUCUACAGAGUGAGUGUCACAAAGCUUUUUCUAAGAGUGAUGAGUAUUCAGUGGUGGACAGACAGAUUUCAACGCUGCACUUUGACUUCAUCACCAUCAGAGAACAAGCUGGAAGACCUUGUGGGAAAAGUGAAGUGAGACACAGAGGAGGAGACUCUGGGACCCAGGAGACUCUGAAAGAGGAGCAGCAACAGACUGUCGAUAGAGAAUCUAAUUCAGGACAUGCUGUGAAAACCAGAUCAGCUCCUGUGUCCACAUCUCUGAUUCGCAAGGACAGGAGGAACCAUAGCUCUUACUCAUGCAGAUCCAGGUCCAAGUCCCAGGCAGCUAAACGGCUGUGUGGACAGAAUUCCUGGACUUGUGGUCCUCAAACGAGGGACCAUGCACAAAUGUCUCUGGACAGAAGAGAAACUGUUUCCCCCGAAGGUGAAGGUCAUGUGACCGCCUCCUGUUCUGCCGCUCAGGUCGACACCGUGGACCAAAUAUCUCAGAACAGUUCGUCCUCGCUCCCUCAGGAUGCCACCACACGGAGCGACUCCCUAAGGAAGUUAAAUGUGACAAAACCUCCAGAGGAGACUGAAACACACGAGGGUCUGCCGCAGUUUGAGUCGGUGCAGGACGGAGCUGCAGACGACCGCACGGAAAACACACACGUCCCAGCGCCCGGCUUCUCUGCUGUUCGAAAAAUACAGAGAAGGGUCCGAAUUUAUAAACGCAAAAGACGGAAAAUAGAGACCUGUGUACUGGGAGGUCAAAGCAACGGUUCUCACAACUCUCUGCUGAGACUCUUCCAGUCCAGUGAUGACAUGGAUGUAGAGUUUCAUGGAUUUGAGUUUUAAAUAGAAAAAUAAAACUUCUAAAAUAAAGAAACUUGUUCAUGUUUUCUCAA